AUGAGUACCGUCUCUUUUCUGAUCAAAGCGCAUCUAUAUGCCGUCUUGGCAUGCGUGCUAUACCUGCUAGCAUGCCUGAGUAUGUCUCAUCCAGUAUUACAGCGCCAAUACUUGUUCCUGCACAACGUGCGCUUCCCGAUGUUUGCCAAGUACAGCGAGCCACAUUUGUAUGGUUCACUCGUCGGGCAAACGCGUAACUUGUAUAUCCCUUCCACUGACAAUGUAACUUUAGGAGCGUGGCACUAUUUGCCCAAAGCAUUUUAUGAUGCCCAUGUGAACGAACUGCAAAACACCCAGGCUGAGGCUUUAAAUGCCUUGUUCGACGAAGCCUUGCGCACGUACCCAACGUAUGUGUUUCUCCAUGGUAAUGGUCUGAAUCGUGCUGCUAGCUUUCGUGUCCGGACCUGUACGGAUAUCGCGCAAGAACUGAACGCAAAUGUGUUUGCCAUCGAUUACCGUGGCUAUGGCGAUUCGACUGGUUAUCCUACCGAACAGGGUGUCGUGGAUGAUGCUUAUAGCGCGGUUCAGUAUGUUAGGCAGCGAAGCCGCUCUGCAACCGCUGAUUCUGGGCCAGGUAUUGCGAUUGUUGGGCAGAGUCUCGGAACCGGCAUCGGAGCACAGACGGCGCUUCGUAUGUAUCGUGAGGGACAGCAUCUUGAUGCUUUGAUUCUACUUGCCGCAUUCAAGGAACUUCGUCCCAUGGUGACAGAAUUUAGUUUGGGCGGUGUCAUUCCUCUUCUCCGACCGCUUGAAUGGCUCCCGAUCAAAGACUUCCUGCUGGAUACUUUCCUGCAGUACCGCUUCCACUCACUUGAGGCUUUGACUGAAAUCUUAAACGGCACGAACGAUCCAAAAUCUGUAAAUCAGCCAGUCAUCAUAAUCAUGCACGCAUUGGAUGAUGCUGUCAUCAACGUGAGCCACAGUGAGGCCAUGUUUACUCGAGCUCUCAAUAUCACGGGAGCGACGAAUACAAUGUCUGGAUAUCAUAUUUGGUCUUCGAGUCUCCCGGACUUCGGCUACGUUCGCUCUAUCAUGAGCAAGACAGCGCGUCCGCCUGAGCAUCGUGGUGUUGUGCCAAAUUCGCGCUUUGUCCUUCCACGGAGCGCUCUCUUUACGUUCGUUGAAUUGGAAAAAGGAGGGCACGACCAUCUUCUCAGGGGGAAUGUCGAUGCUCUUCGACUCAUGAUGCCUACGUACAUGCUCGGUGACGACGUGAAAUAG